AUGUCCAAGCCCCAACCGCAACCCCUCAUCCAGCUUCCUGCGCUAUUCUCUACCGUCGAACCAGGCGUCUUUCGCUCCGCCUCUCCGAAUCCUGCGCAAGUUCCAUUUCUCGCCAGCUUGGGACUCAAGACGGUAGUCAGCUUGACGGCCGAGCACCCUAUAAAGCCUUUGCUGCAGUUCGUGAGGGAUAAUGGGGUAGAUUUUGUUCAUCUCGGAUUGACUCAAUGGCGAAGACCGGGGACAGAUUGGAAGCCUGUCAGAUACGAAAUCAUAAAGACUGCUCUCGAAUCUUAUGUCUUGGAUGUUCGUGCACACCCUGUGCUCAUCAUUGACCCUCUGGGCGUGCAUCAGACCGGGUGUCUCGUGGGCAGUCUGAGGAUGAUGCAAGGCUGGAAUUUUUCAAGCGCUCUUGUCGAAUAUCGAGCCCAUGCUGGCAGCAAACACCGAUACGUGGACGAACAGUAUAUCGAAGCAAGUGAUCACCCGUCUAUCUUCACUUUCGAACAAACCUAA